CGAAUUCAAAUAAAAUUUUGGGGCAAAUCAGAGACCCGGAACAGCACAAGACAGGACAGGAGAGAGAGACAGAGAGAGAAAACUGUAGAAACAUCUGCAAUGGCGAUCCAGGCCGAAAAUGAAGCAGAGAAGAGAAUGAUGCAGAAGAUCGCUAGGGUUUUAGACGAAACUCGAGCAUCGCACGCCACACACAUCCGGAAGCUCAAGGACCUCUCCACCCUUCGCUCAUCGUCUCCACUCUUAUUCUUCUCCGCAUUCUCCAAAACCCUAACCCCUCUCUUCAAUUUCCAGCGCCGCAACGCCUCCUCCGAACGAAUUGUUAGGUUUGUCGCCAUCUUCGCAAGCAAUCGAGACUCGAACAAUGCGCCCCUCUCCGAUUCCUUCUUGGAUUCGCUCCUGCGGUUCCUCCUCGUUGCCACCUCCGCCGCCAACAGAACCGUCAGGUUCCGCGCCUGUCAGAUUAUCUCUGAGAUCAUAAUGAGAUUGCCAGACGAUGCAGAAGUAAGCAAUGAAAUCUGGGAUGAGGUGAUUGAAUGCAUGAAGUUGCGGAUAGGUGAUAAGGUCCCUGUUAUUCGUACAUUUGCAGUUAGAGCUCUUUCUCGCUUUGUAAAUGAUUCUGAGAAUGGUGACAUCCUGGACUUAUUCCUUGAGUCACUGCCUCUAGAGCAGAAUGCGGAGGUUCGUAAGACAAUUGCACUAUCUUUGCCUCCUUCAAUUGCAACUUCAACGGCAAUCAUCAAUUGUACAUUGGAUGUGAAUGAGUCUGUACGCAAAGCAGCUUAUUGUGUUUUGGCUAGUAAAUUUCCUCUUCAGAGCCUUAGCCUGGUGGAGUUUCACAGUGAUAUUGAUCCAAAUGAUUGCCAAAUCCAUUUUAUUGAUUCAUGUUUGGUAUUUGAAAAUUGAUUAAAAAAGUUGUUCCAGUGCGCAAGUAGUUAUGUAAUUAAGCAGUGAAAUUAUCUAUCC